GUUUGUUGGGGCUUAACUGCAGUUCCCUUGUAACUGAUUUGGGUCACUGUUCAGGGAAGAGGAGCAGGUAAAUGCUAUGUGUGUUUUCCUGGAAAAAUAAAAUGACCCUCCUUAAAUUUAAAACUUCAGAAAUUUAAAACUGCGUCUCCAUUUUCCAUAGUACUUCUUCUCUGUUAAUUCAAGAUUAAGAUACUCAUUCCCCUAAAUUUCUAUGAGUCUGUCAGUGCAGUGCACUCUAAAAUGGCAGGAGGGAGUGGGGAGAAGAAGGGAAGGAGGAAAAGCAGAAUAUGUAGAACCUGGUCUUCUCUGAUUCAUGCAAACUGUAAUGUUAAAUUUUCCCUAAGCCUUGAAAGUGCACUUGAUGGUGGAAUUGUGACUACGUUUUUAAUAUUUUUCCUUUGUUUAUUUUUUUGGUCUCUCCAGGAAGUGAUUCGAGUAAUCCUUGGAAAUCUUGAUGAUUUACAUCCAUUUUCUACAGACCACUUCACUGUCUUUCCAUAUUUGAGUAAAUGGGAGCGAGUAUCAAAGAUGAAAUUCAAACAUGAAAAUGUCCAUCUUGUGCCUUAUCCCUACAUGUGUACGUUGUAUCUAGAAUUGAACUCGUUUCAGCAAAACGUAUCUUGUGGUAAAGAAGUAAAGAAGGGCAGCGAUGAGCGUAAUUCCUCCAAAGCAAACGAGCUUGAGUUUUGUGCAGCAUCCCUUACUAAAGACUGUGACCAACUGAGUUUUUGGGAACCUGUGGAAUUUGCCCUUGAACAAAAAAGAGCAGUCAGUCAGGCUGAGGGUGCAGUGCAGCUGCUGCAGCAAAUGGACCAAACAGGAAAGAAAGGAGACAUGAAGUCAGGAGGAGGAGGUCUUUCACAGUUCUGGAGAAGCAUCAUCUUUUCACCACUACAACAUCUUUUUGGUGGAAAAAAAUGACCUGGAAGUACUAAUUGUUGUGGAAAGGUAGAUUUGUAGUAUGAAUAUUGGGUUGCACCGUUUCUUCUGGAAUUCAGCUUUUCGCAUUGCUUGUCUCAGCUGUUAAAUGCUUUAAAUUAAAUCCUACUUGGCUAGCAUUUUCAAAGUAAUAUUCUGAAGAUGUUGGGGUAGAACAACAUGUUGGGAUUUUCUUCACAUCUUAGAAGUUUUGGGAUAGAACAAUAAACUUUAAGAUUUUGAUC